CCGAGAAGGGAGGUACAGACUGUACUGCACGGCCUUUUAUAUUUCGUAUGAGCACGACUUGAUUUGUGAAGAUGUGGACGGCUAUAGGGAAACUGCUGCUUUUACAUAUGAUACUCGUAGGGUAUCUGCUGGUAAACGGAAAUAAACCGGACUGUGAAAGCGGUCAGUUUCAAUGCAGGAACGGCAGGUGUAUCCCGACUCCAUGGAGAUGUGAUGAUGACGAUGACUGCUCGGACAACAGCGAUGAGGAGAACUGCCUAAAAAAGACAUGUGCCACAACAGACUUUGCAUGUAAGAAUGGGCAGUGUGUCCCGGCCCGAUGGAGGUGUGAUGGAGAACCUGAGUGUCCAGAUGGUUCGGAUGAAGCAGACUCCACCUGCAGUCGACAGACGUGUCCACCAGAGAAGUUUGACUGUGGCGGCUUGAUGAGCAAAUGCGUGUCAUUGUCAUGGCGCUGCGAUGGUGAACAGGACUGUGAAAAUGGAGCAGAUGAGGAGCAGUGUGCUGCAGACGCCAAGGCUUGCCCUGCUAAAGAGUUCCAGUGCCAUAACCGCCUGUGCGUGGCUCCCAUGUUCGUCUGCGAUGGGGAUGAUGACUGCGGCGACGGCAGCGAUGAGGAGAAGUGCACGGCAGCCACCGCCAGCACCUGCGGGCCGCACGAGUUUCGCUGUAACGACUCAGAGUGUAUUCCAGCGCCAUGGAGCUGUGACGGAGACCCCGACUGCAAAGACAAGUCAGAUGAAUCUCUAGAGCGCUGCAGUCGCAGGACGGAGCCUCAAAAACCCCACUGCCCGGCGGGGGAGUUCCGGUGCAGGAGUGGAGAGUGUAUUCACCUCAACUGGAAAUGCGACGGAGAUGUAGACUGCAAGGACAAGUCUGAUGAGGCCAACUGCCCUGUGCUGACCUGCCGUCCUGAUGAGUUCCAGUGUGGCGAUGGCUCCUGCAUUCAUGGCACUAAACAGUGUAACAAAGUGCACGACUGUCCAGAUUUCAGCGACGAGGCUGCCUGCAUCAACAAAACCACCAAAUGUGAAGGCCCGCUGAAGUUCAUGUGUAAGAGCGGGGAAUGUAUCGAUAGCGGUAAAGUGUGCGACAGUAUCAAGGACUGCAAGGACUGGUCUGACGAGCCUGUGAAGGAGUGCGGUCUGAAUGAAUGUUCCAUCAACAAUGGCGGCUGCUCUCACGUAUGUAAGGACCGUCAGAUCGGCUAUGAGUGUGAAUGUCCCUCGGGCUACAAGCUCCUUGACAAGAAGACUUGUGGAGACAUAGACGAAUGCGAGAACCCUGAUGCCUGCAGUCAAAUAUGUAUCAACCUCAAAGGCGACUACAAAUGUGAAUGCUACGAGGGUUACGAGAUGGACCCCGUUACCAAGACGUGUAAAGCAGUGGGUAAAAGCCCAUAUCUUAUGUUUACUAACCGACAUGAGAUUCGGCGCAUUGACCUGGUGAAGAAGGACUAUACGCAGGUAGUGCCAACCCUGAAGAACGCUGUGGCUCUAGAUGUGGACGUGACCACCAACAAGAUGUACUGGUGUGACCUCUACCAUCGCAAGAUCUUCAGUGCAUACAUCAACAAAGCCAGCGAUGCUUCUCAGCAGAUCACGCUCAUAGACACUGCGCUACAUUCCCCAGAGGGCUUAGCAAUGGACUGGGUCCAUAAGAACAUCUACUGGACCGACUCUGGACACAAAACUAUCUCAGUCGCGACUGGUGAUGGCAAGAAACGGAAGGUGUUGAUCGACACAGAGCUUGGGGAACCGCGUGCCAUCGCAGUUGACCCAAGACAAGGGUUCAUGUACUGGUCAGAUUGGGGAACGCUGGCCAAGAUCGAGAAAGCCGGAAUGAACGGAGUGGAUCGACAAGUUCUGGUUUCAGAGAGGAUCGAGUGGCCCAAUGGGAUUGCGCUCGAUCUGUCUAGUAGACGACUCUACUGGGUGGAUUCCAAGCUUCAUUUGAUCUCCAGUGUGGACCUAAAUGGAGACAACCGUAGAGUUUUGCUGUCCUCCAUGGAUCAUCUUGGACAUCCCUUUGCCCUGACUGUUUUUGAGGACCGAGUUUACUGGACAGACUUGGAGGAUGAGGCCAUCUACAGCGUAAACCGGCUGACAGGGCAAGAUGUGGCAAUGCUGGCUCAACAUCUCAACAACCCACUGGAUGUGGUGGUGUUCCACGAGCUCCGGCAGCCUGAAGCUCCAGACACAUGCAACAUGGGAAGUCUGCCCAAUGGCGGCUGUGAGUACCUGUGCCUCAGAGCUCCUCAGAUCACAGACCACUCGCCCAAGUACACGUGUGCCUGUCCCGACAACAUGGAACUGGGCCCGGACAUGCGCCGCUGUGUGACAGUCAAACCCAAAACAACAACAACUGCAAGUACAACCACUACUACAACACCAGAACCUUCUACUACUGUGACUCCUACAACCACUACUCCAGCUAUAAACACAGAUACACCUACAACAAUCAGUACAAUCUCUACAACUACACCUACAGCGACCGUAUCAAGUACAACCACCACCAGCCCCACCACAACCACUCAUUCCAGCUCGCAUAGUUCCACCAGCACACACUCCACAGCCACUUCAACCACAGUGACCACUCAGUCCAGCACUACAGCAGCAGGGAAACAGCCAGCCUCCACCCAGACGACAGCAGAUCACAGACCGACAUCUACAACCAUCCACGGCAACAGCAUACAAGGGGCCAAUGGCAAUCUCUCUCAUCGCGCUGGCAGUGGAAAUGACCACUUCCUCCUUGGUAGCAAUAUAACCGUUGCGGUUCUGGGUAUAGUCAUUCCAAUAGCGCGUGGCGCUCAGUCCAGACGAUGACGGGUUCCCCUGAGGGCGAUUCUUGCACUCGCUCUCUCCUUCUCCAUCCUUGAAUCCAUGCAUCCUUUAGUCCUCCAUCUCUCCUUCCAUCGAGGAGGUCGCACGAGACAACGCAGCAAGGUGCACAGAGCCAAAAGGACACGAGCACUUGCUCUCCACAGCCGAGAGCUACAAACUGGGUUUGUCUUCUCGUAGUGUCUUUUUCAGCCCAUAAACCCUCAGUCAGGCAAUAAUCAUUAGUUCUUAAAUUAACUACUAGCAUCAUUCCUGCUCUGUGUCAGUAGUAGUAGGUAGUGUUGUUAAUGAUGACUAACUUCAUAGCUCAUCACGUUAGUAGUCGCUAACACUCAGUGGCUCUCCUGCUGCACUCGUGCUGUAGUUUUUUAAUUAGAAAUAGCAUUUCAAGCUGGUUUGAGUUGAUCUAUGGCCAUUUCGUUUGGCAAAACUUGUUGGCAGAGAAUUGAGAACAAUCCAUCCUGUGAGCAUGCGAGAUACAUAGAAGGAAAAUAUGAAAUAGGAUGAAAAAUUCAUAUUUGCAGACAUACUAAACACAAAUUCCACCUUGUGGCUGUUAUGCAUUCAUAUAUUCUCACAAAUAAUAUACCACAAACAAUAAGAUUUACCUUGUAAAUAAAUCAGAAUCUGUACUUUUCUGUCCAUACUUCCAAUGCCAAGACUAGUAUACUUUCAUGUCUUCCAUAGUCACUCCAGUCAGAUUUGACCCUUCUAAAAGAUCUGCAGCCACUAUCUGGAGAUGAAGGGUUUCACCUCCCAACUUUGAGAGGCAAUAUUUUUUUCCAUUUUUAUUUAUUUCACCAGCACUGGGGCUUCCAUUUUUCUCAAGUUUCUAGGACCAACUAAAUUCUUCCUGCCCAGGCACAUUUAUAACCCCAAAACUUUAGCUCAGGACAUCAGUUUUUCUAAAAUAUUAUCAGUUAUCGCUACAAUCUGUGUGGUUUGUUAUCACAAACACGCUAAUAGAUACGGUUGCCAGGGUUUGAUAAUGGCUAAAAUGCUGUUUGUUCAUAUCUACAGUCUAGAUCGCUCCCUCUCAGACAGGCAAAAACACACACACACACUAUCGCACAAACACAAAUGUGUCUUUUCCGCCCCUACAUUCGUCAUGCCUCGGGUAAAACUCUUUAGCAUUUAGCAUGCUGACAACAAGACACCGCCUGCCAUAUUGGGUGGCUUAAUGGCAUGAUAGAUUAGAGUCGUAGAUCAAAGCUUUGCUCCUCUGAACAGUCAUCUGUUCAACGCGUGGCACAGGAAAUGUGGAGUGCCUGAAUAUAGGCUUCCUGUACAUAUCAACUCUCCAACUCUCUCCAUGUGAUGAAUGAGCACUUGGUUAUUUCUGUAUCGCUGUCAGAGGGAUACUGACUGAUUGAACGGAUGUAGAAAAAGAAAAAAGCAGGUUUUGAUCUACCUGGAUAUGCCUGCUGAUAAAAAAAAACUCAAACCAGCCAAAGGUUUUUUUGCUGGUUUUAGUUAGAAUAGUCUGAAUUGAUUGUUUAAAGGGGUUUGAUAUAUUUUGAACAGUGGUUAUCAACUUUUUUAACCCCCUUUGGGCCUUCUAAUCUAGACUGAAAUACAUAACCUAAAAAAAUAUGUAAUUUAAGACUUAUUGGGGGACCCCUGAUAGUUUUCCAUUUGCCAUGGUUGAGAACCACUGAUUUACAGAUCCCAUCUAAAC